UCCUUGACGCAUACACUGUUCUGUCCAUGGCAUUAGGAGGCAAUGAUUUACAUCGAUAUAGCAUCCUCGAGAUUAAAAGCAAUAAAAAGGAAAUGGAAGGAAACGAGGGGUUGCGAUAUACAGCGCAUAUUGACACUGUAUCAGAAUAUAACGGCAUGAAUCGAAGCUCGCACGACAGCGACACCUCCUGUUGUAAUUCUCGAACGAGGCUGCUGCAGAAGAAGAAGAGGAUGGAAUCAGGGGAGCAUGUGGAAGCCUAUGUUAGCCACAGGUCAAGGAGCAGUCUUUUCACAAGCUACAGUCUGAGGGAUGUAUUUACCUGGCACCUACUCAAAGUGAUUGCCAUGGGUCAGGCCCUGUCCAUGCUGAUAUGCGGGACAGCGGUCACCUGUCAGUACCUGGCUGACCGAAAAGUGGAAACACCAAUGCUACAGAGCUUUGUGAAUUAUGUGCUUCUCUUCCUGACCUACACCAUCAGACUGGCCUUCAGGAAAGGUGAUGAAAAUAUUUUACAGAUUUUAAAGGCAAAGUGGUGGAAGUAUUUGUUGUUGGGAUUUGCUGACGUUGAGGCAAAUUACACUGUAGUGAUGGCAUACCAAUUCACCACGCUGACAAGCAUACAGUUGCUGGAUUGCUUUGUGAUCCCUGUGCUGAUGGUGCUCUCCUGGGUGUUCCUGAAGACCCGGUUCAGGGUGGUGCAUUAUGUGGCAGUGGCCCUGUGUCUCCUCGGGGUGGGGGCCAUGGUCGGGGCUGACCUGCUCGCGGGACGAGACCAGGGCUCCACCAGCAGUGUUCUGCUGGGGGACGGGCUGGUGCUCAUCAGCGCAGCCCUGUACGCCGUCUCCAACGUGUGUCAGGAGUACACGGUGAAGAACCUGAGCCGCAUAGAGUUCCUGGGCAUGGUGGGGCUAUUCGGCACCCUAAUCAGUGGAAUUCAGCUAGCGGUUCUGGAGCACAAUGCAGUGGCUGCGAUAAAGUGGGAUUUGACUGUUGUCCUGCUCUUCGCCAUCUACGGCCUCUGCAUGUUCGCCCUCUACAGCUUCAUGCCUGUGGUCAUAAAGCUGAGCAGUGCCACAGCGGUCAACCUGUCCCUGCUGACCGCCGACCUCUUCAGCCUCUUCUGCGGCCUGUACCUUUUCCAUUACACUUUCUCAGGUCUGUACAUCCUGUCGUUUGUGGUCAUCACCGUGGGGUUCAUCGGGUUCAACGCCGUACCCACGCUGGCCCCCGUAGACGGCUCCAGCGAGGGGGGGUCUGAGGACCCCUCGGAUGUGGACGAACAGGAGGCCGUGAAGCACGCGGCUACGCUGGAGGUUCCCUCCGAAACUGACGACGGAGGGGAGGAGAGCGAAUGCUUACAGAUGCAAAGGAGUCAGAGUGAGCGGACAACGUGCACUGCAGAUAAAAGCUCUUGGAUGUAACGGCCUGUAUACCAAGGGCUUUAAAAAUAUAUAUAAUAUAAUGGUUCUUGCAUGUGGCAAUCUUUGAACAAGCCAUAACGCACUGUAAUCUGGGAAACAUUUAUGUUCUUGAACAUUCCUUUCCAACAGCACGGUAUUCAUGUUUUUGUUCUGUGAAAAUGAAGCACAAGCAUAACAUGUAUAUAUACAUUUGAGACACAACGAUGGUCCGUGCUGUGUGACUUCCGUUAUUGAAUACCAAGGGACCUAAGCUGCAGAGCUCAUUUUUAAAAUAUUGUAUAUUCAUAUAUAAUUAUAUAUAAAACAUAUUAUAAAUGUUUUGUAUAUAAAUAAGAGGAUUGCAAGUACGUACUGUAUGUGCCAUAUUUGGCUUGGUACUCCACAAUUGUGCUGAAGGUGCAGAUUGUCUUUCACUUUUUACACAUUUUGGUGUCACCAUUUAGAAAUGAUUGCACUUUUCUACCUAUUUAACGGGACCAUUAUGUUUGGGAUAAAUGGCUUUGCAGGUGUUUCUAAUUAAUCAGGUGUAUUGAGUUGCUUUUGUAGGGCAGGUAUGAGAAUGCGUUUUAGUAUCUACUUAUUUUUGGCUUUUGAUUGCCUUUGGAGUCUUUUAUUGGUCUUUUGUUGGUCACAUGUGCACCAUUUCAGUACAAAUCUAAAAUUGUGGUUUACAGAGCCAAAACAAGAAAAUGGCUUUGUCCCAAACCGUACAGUGCAUACUUAAGUUUAAAUCCACUACAAAAGAUUGCAUGAAAAUGUGCCUGCUCUUAUAGAAGAAAUAUUUGCUGGUAUUUUUUCUGGUAUCUUAAUCCACAUUGCUCCAGUUUGGAGUGCCCAGCUGUAAUUAUUGGGCCAUCCCAACAGUCAGACGUCCUCUCUCCGUUCAGGAGGGUGCACCUGAGCAGCCCUGUCCAUAGACAGACAUGUGCGGAAGCAGGGAUUGGUCAAAAUGUGGGGCAAAGCAUCAGGGAUUGGUGGAGAUGUGGGGGACCCUCCCUCCCUCCCUGAGUGACAUCAGGGCUCUGCGGGCCUCUGGAAUGGGCAGGAUUUGAUUUGACUGUAGGGUACCCCGCUUUCAUCAGUUGGAACUGCCCCUUGUGGGCCGUGGUCCAAUCAAAUUGAUAGGAACGAAGGUGCUUCUUCUUUUUACUGUCAUAUGUUCAAGUUUUCUGGAGUGAGAUUUGUUAUAAGUAUAAUUUGCAGUGUAUCGCUCACAAAUGUAAAACACAAUCGGUAGAUGGAACCUCAUGCAAAUAUAAAACGCCGUUCACAAAUAUUAACAUGAAGAAACUUUUGCAAAUAUAACGUUUGCAAAUGUGUGGCUUGGUUCACAACCUAUGACUUGCAAAUGUAAGUCGCAGUCUGAAAGACCUCAUGAAGUGCGAUAUAAUAUGUACAAACGUGUGUCCAGAAUCUGUCCAAUCCUCAUUGCUGAAUCAAAAUUAAACUAACACUUGGUCUUUCCUUCAAGCAGUGCUAAGUUACUGGCAUAGAAAAAUCACAAACUUUGCAGACUGAAACAAAAGUACUGCCUGGAAAACCAAAUUACCUCAUACUGCUGUAUUAAUCGAGUGUAUUUCUAAUGAUAUGUUUGCAGAUUGACGCACACAUUUGUGGAUCCUCCCCUCGGUCAUUAUGUUCUCUAAAGAUGGUUUUGUCACUGUAAACUAAUGUACAUAAUCUGUGAUAGGGUUAUGUGGCAAUAAUUAGAAAUAAGACAUUCUUAUUGUGAUGUAUUUAUACAGUAUGCUAUUCUAUCUGGCGUUCUCAACAGCUAUUCGAGUGCCAAAUGUUUGUUUUUUUCUAAGUUGCAGGGCAGCAUGUUACAGUUCCUGUAUUGGUUUUUGUUACCGUUCAUAUAAAUGGGGGGGGGUCCACUCAAGCGGCAUGUUUGCCUUUUUACAGCGAAACUUGCUUUUGUUUAACGUGCAUUGCAUUUUAUACAGACAAUAAAGUUUACAACUGUC